CAUGUUCAAUCGCAGUAUUCUGUUGCCACGCUCUCUCGGCGCAUCAUUACGCCAUCGCCCAAGCCAGCUAUAUAGCCGGCUAUCUCUUCCCGCCAGUGCAACUGCAUCCAGAACCUUCACAACCUCACGACCUACACUAUUCGCAGCAACUACACCUCAAUUCAAGAAACCAAAAACCACAAUGGCAUCGGAAGUCAGCAACACCAACUUCACUCUGGAGAGCCUGUUCAAUGUCAAGGAUAAGGUGGCCCUCAUCACCGGCGGCGGCAGCGGCAUCGGCCUGAUGGCCACGCAGGCGCUCGCCACCAACGGCAGCAAAGUGUACAUCACAGGGCGGACGUCGGAGAAGCUGGAGCGGGUGGCGGAGCUGUACGGCGGCCAGUCGGCGAAGGGGGAGAUCAUCCCGCUGACGGCGGACGUGACGGACAAGGCCAGCAUCCAGAAACUGGUCCAAGAGAUCUCGUCGCGGGAGUCCGGCCGGCUGGACAUCCUGAUCAACAACGCGGGGAUCAGCAGCAGCACGCAGAACACGGAGCCCGACAACGCGGCGGAGCUGAGCAAGGCGCUCUUCGACGAGAGCUCCUCGCCCGAGGAGUGGGAAAGCGUCUACCGCACCAACGUCGUGCACCCCUACCUGGUCACCGCGGCCUUCCUGCCCCUCCUGCAGAAGAGCAGCGAGCAGGCCCACGGCUGGAGCAGCACCGUCAUCAACGUCACCAGCAUCUCCGGUAUCGUCAAGACCAGCCAGCACCACUUCGCCUACAAUGCUUCCAAGGGCGCCGCCAUCCAUCUGACCAAGAUGCUGGCGCAUGAGAUCUCCAGCUCCGGGCUGCGCAUCCGUGUCAACAACAUCGCCCCCGGCGUGUUCCCCAGCGAGAUGACCGCUGGUGAGAGUGAUGAGAAGCAGAAGAGUGCCCUCGAGAAGGAGAAGUAUGAGGGUAAGGUCCCCGCUGGACGACCCGGUAAGGAUGAGGAUAUGGCUAGUACCGUGUUGUUCGCGGCCACCAACCAGUACCUGAAUGGGCAGACGCUGGUCGUGGAUGGAGGCUAUGUUUUGGCCGCGGGUACUGUCUAAAUGCAGCUGUGUGGAGUGUGGAUAUGAUUAAUGUCUUCUUAUGAGAAUGUUGUAUUAUGUUGAUAAUGUAUCGUGGCGCCGGAGUUGACCCCUAGCUAGUCCCUAA